AUGUGGGAUGAUGCUGCGGGGCCCUUUGGUUUGGUUACCCCCAGCCGGGAGCCGGGGGCGGACCGGGCGGGGCGGGGCGGCUCGGCUCGGCUCGGCUGGGCUCGGCCCGCCCCGCUCCCAGCGCCGCGCUGCCGCCUCAUGGAGCCGCACGGGCCCGGCUGCCCCGGCAGCGUCCUCUUCGGCUGCGAGCUCACUGCCAAUACCAAAUCCUACACGUUUCAAGUGGACGAGGAAGAUGACUCUGACCACAUUUUGGCCCUGUCUGUGGUCUGCCUCACAGAUGGUGCCAAGGAUGAGUGCAAUGUGGUGGAGGUCGUUGGACGAAACCACGAGAACCAGGAGAUCGCCGUGCCCAUGGCAAACCUGAAGUUGUCAUGCCAGCCCUUGCUGAGUCUGGACAACUUCAAGCUCCAGCCUCCGGUGACCUUCCGCCUGGCAGCGGGCUCUGGCCCAGUACACCUCACCGGCUGGCACCGGAUAGUGCACAGGGAAGAUGCUUCCUUUGAGGAAGACGAUGACUUGUCUGAGGAGGAGGAGGAACUUGCUCCUAUCAUGCCAGCCAAGAAAUAGAGAAGGAAGCAGUAACUUAUCUCUAGGCAAGGUACUUGCUGGGACUUCUCUCCCUGGAUGGCUUUUACCUUGGACACCUCUUGCCAGGACCUCAACAUUUGCUGCUUUGGUUUUUUUGGUUUUUUUUUUUCUGUUUUAACUUUUUGGGGAGCAGGGGCUGCUCCCAGCACUG